GCACCCCUUAGCGCCGCCCACCAGGCUUCUUCUUUCCUCCCCUUCAUCAUCCCUCCUGUAAGAUGGACGUGGUCAAAAGCAUGCUUUCGCCUCUAACAACUACCACUGGCGCUCUUCAAGAUACACUGAAACUCGUCGUUAUCGGAGGAACAGUUGAGACUGCGAGGAGGGUAUCGGUAUCGGCUUGGAAUGGCUUCAUUGAUUCUUUCUUCCUCACCGCCCACUUUAAUCAAGAAGAUUAUCCAUAUGACUGGUUGAUGCACUGGCUGUCGAAGCAACCUGCCUGGGGGCGCAGCCGUGAGUUCGACAUAACGACACGUUCAGUCAAAAACGCUCUUGGUCAUUCUACCGCGGGAGAUUUGGAAGAAGAAGAAGAAGAGGAAGAAGAUGGUGGUCUGGUACACGGACGUCGGAAACGCAAAGUGGCCUUCAUGCCCAGUGUUGACACGACCCAUACGAUAUACUACCGCGGCCAUUGGCUCAGGAUAACGAGGACUAAACGCUACCCCGAUUUCGGCGGUGCUUCCAUUAAAGUCAGUGUUGUCGCCCGCAAUAAUGACAUUCUCAAGAAACUCGUCCUUGAUGCAAAACGGGAGUACGAGAAAGAUGCCGAACAUCGUGUUCAUAUAUUCUUAGCCGAUACUGACCCUUACAGCUCUUACGGAUGUUGGCGAUGGAAUGGUGCACGCCAAAAGCGUCCCAUGAGCUCUAUUGUCCUUCAACCUGGAGUGAAAGACAUGCUUCUCGCUGACUGCAAAGACUUUUUGGCAUCGGAAGAUUGGUAUGCCGAGAGAGGAAUCCCCUUUCGUAGGGGCUAUCUCCUCCACGGUGUUCCCGGAAGCGGCAAGACCUCACUGAUUCAUUCUCUGGCUGGCGAGCUUGGUCUGGACAUUUACGUCGUGUCCCUGUCAUCGAAAGGGAUGAGUGACAACACGUUGACGACCCUGAUGGGGCAUGUUCCCACCAGAUGUAUAUUGCUCUUGGAGGACUUGGAUGCUGCAUUCACGCGCGGUAUCAGUCGUGAUGCUAAGUCAACUGGAGCACCCAUAGAAUCCACGGUGUCGACGGCGAAGGAUGAUAAGAAGGAUAGUGAUGGUUCCACGUUGUCGUUGUCAGGUCUGUUGAACAGUUUGGAUGGUGUUGCGGCUGCGGAGGGAAGACUCCUUUUUGCCACCACAAAUCAUAUCGAGCGUCUAGAUCCCGCUUUAAGCCGUCCAGGUCGGAUGGACGUAUGGGUCAAUUUCACUCAUGCCACAAAAUGGCAAGCAGAAGGCAUCUUCAAGUGUUUCUUCCCGUAUAAACCCAGCGCUACGGAGGAAUCCCCCGAGUCAUCCGAGACAGACGCUUCUCAGAGGAACCUCCCCGGAUCUUCCAAACCCAAGAAGCGGUCUUCGCAUGUCAUACCGCUCUUGAGCGAACAAGAGAUUUCCGAACUCGCGAAGAAGUUCGCAGAUGCCAUCCCCGAAGAUGAGCUUAGCGUUGCGGCACUUCAAGGCUACCUGCUCAAGAAUAAGACUAGGCCGAGGGAAUGCGUAGAGGAAGUCGCGGAUUGGGUCGUUUCCGAGAGAGAGAUGAGGGAGAAGUUGAAGAAGGAGAAAGCCGAGCGUGAAGCGAAGGAGAAGAAAGAAGCUGAAGAGAAAGAGAAGAAAGAGCGCGAAGAAAAAGAAGCUAAGGAGAAGGAAGAGAAAGAAGCCAAAGAGAAACUUGAGCGCAAGGAGCGCGUCGCUAAGUCGACGAAGAAGUCUGCACGCGCCGAUUCUGUGAAGAGUGAAUCAUCAUCUACGACGACAUCCACGCCAGCUACCUCUGCUGAGUCUUCAUCUUCGUCGCCGUCUCCAUUGAAUGAUUCAUCGACUAGCUCCUCGUCUUCUUCCGAGUCCGAGACUACCACUGGCGUAGACGCUGACACCGAGGAAAGCGUAACUUCCGAGGAAGAGGAGUCUGGAAAGGAUGGCGCCACUGUCAAAAAGGAGGAGAGUAAGAAAGAGAAGUGGGUUGCAGUAAAAGCCUCCUCUUCACUUGUCUCUACCUCCGAUGCUUCACCCACAGAGUAAAAGAUGUCUCUCAGGACGUCGGGAAUCGUUUCAUUAGGACUUGGUGUGCCACUAGUGACGUUAGCCCCACUGCAUCGUCGUUUAUCCGUGUGUGACUGUGUUGUUCCGUUUUUUACUUACAGGCUUGACAGUCCCCUACCCCCUCUCACUGCUUCCGUGCCUUACUAUGAUACGGUGUCGGUAUCGCAAACGAAAGCUUUAGAUCUACCCGGUGGCUGCUGCGUCCUCUUGUGAAACUGACUGUCGUUGUGGCUGGCCUUGCUUAGUUUUACCUCCAUUCUCCAUGUGUAUAGUUGGUGACUGUGUUCGUUUGAUGUGUUCCCCGCUUCUGUAUAGAUAGAUGGAAUGGAGUUUCGGCCUUGUCGUAUUAAAACUCA